GAAGCGAUAUCCUUUCCUUGAAGAAAGGAUGGCACGAGCUUCAAAACAAGGAGUGGGUGACCAAUUCCUUUGCAGGCACAGUGAUCGACAAGCGGUCCCUGAGCAAGCGCACCGUGACGCUGGCUGGCUUCGCAAUAACGGGCCUGAACGGCAUGUACGUGGAGAGCCGCAAGAAGGAGCUGAUGGUCAAUGACCGCGAGAUCUACCACUCAAACAGUGA